UUUGCCAAUCUCGCCCAUUAGUCUUCUGCGAAACAGAAUCGAAGUCAAUUUUAACGACAAAAAUCGCGGGAAAGGAGUUCAUCUCGUGGCAUGGAGAAGGCAAAACAAGAAGCCUUUGACAACGCAAGACUUCAGGUCAUUAAAGAUGGCUAUGAGAGGGGAUUUGAGUGUAUUAACAAAGGUCUCUCAGAAGAUGAGGCAGGACACAAAGCCCAGGCUCUGGAGCUUUAUAAGCAGGGAAGACAGCACCUCCUCAGGGCAAUCAGUGUGCCCUCACAUGGCCAUGAAUGUGUGGGCCCAUCCUGGGACUCAGCCAGGCAGAUGCAGCAGAAGAUGCAGGAGACCCUCAAUAACAUAACCACUCGACUCGCAGUGCUGGAAACCACACCAGACCCCUCAGUAACACCCCCUUCCAACGGACUACCAGGGACCAACAGCACUGAAACAACACAAACUCACCAAAGUCUUUACCCUAAACUGCCCAAAGAAAAGCCAGAGAGGCCUGCCCUACCAAAGGUGUUGUUCCCCAAUGGGCAGGCUGCAGGGGCAGUGGGUGGGAUUCCCUCUGAAGCCCCAGGAUCUCCACCUCACACCAUGCCGCCUCUCAGCUUGUCACAUGACCAACCCCCAGCCUACUCUCCCCAGGCUGCCGACGGCCACAUCAGCAUUUCAUACGGGACUGAUGUCGGAGAGAUGUCUUUGGUCGGGGAUGAAUUCUACAGCCGUACCUCUCACUCCCCUCCGUCUCCUCAGAGCCUUGGCGAGGAUGGGGAACAGCUCUUUUUCCUCCCUCAGGGGGUGCAGAUAUUCUUUGUGACCCCAGAUGGCCAGGUCAGCGCCCCUUCUUACCCUGGGUACCUGCGUAUCGUGAGGUUCACAUCUGAGCGUUCAGAAAGGAUGCCCAACCGGCCUCCUGCCUUUCUGCAGGUGUGUGACUGGCUAUACCCUCUCAUGUCCUCUGAUUCUCCAGUCCUGCUCUGUAACACAGGAGUCUACAUGUUCCCCGACAUGAUGGCGCCGGCCCCGGGCUCCUACGUCGGGGUAGUGCUGUCCUCGGAGCUGCCCCAGGCAGAGCGAGAGCUUUUCCGAGACCUGCUGUCCCAGAUGACGGACCUCCGCGUCCAGGUGAGCUGUCCCUGUGUCCCCUCCAGUCCCAGCCCUGGCACACAGGGGUCAGCUGAUGGCCCAGAGCAGGCUUCAGAUGGAGCAGCGGACACCAUUAACCUGGGCCAGAAGGUGCCAAUGGGACCCCCGGCCGAGGAGCCGCCGACCGCAGCUGAGGAGGAGAAAGUCCUGCCUGAGUGGAGCGAGAGGGUGGCUCACGGCAUUCUCACAGGGGCUUCGUGGCUAAGCUGGGGGUUAGUGAAGGGGGCGGAGUACACAGGCAAAGCCAUCCACAAAGGUGCAUCAAAGUUACGGGAGCACAUCACUCCAGAGGAUAAGCCAGCCCAGGUCAGCCCCACCGUCAGCAAAGGCCUGCAGGUGGCCAAGCAGGCGACCGGAGGGGCCGUCAAAGUCAGCCAGUUUCUCGUGGAUGGAGUGUGUGCUGUAGCGAGUCACGUGGGUCGAGAAUUGGCUCCUCAUGUGAAGAAACACGGAGGAAAGCUCAUCCCCGAAUCCUUAAAGAAAGACAAGGACGGACGGUCAAACAUAGAUGGGGCCAUGGUAGUCGCAGCAAGUGGAGUUCAAGGGUUUGCUGCAGUAUGGACGGGUUUGGAGGUGGCUGCUAAAAACAUAGCCAAGAGUGUCACCUCUGAGACGGUCACUACUGUCAAGCACAAGUAUGGGCCAGAGGCAGGGCAGGCUACGGAUCACGCCAUGAACUCUGCCAUUAACGUGGGCGUCACCGCCUUCAAUAUCGACAACCUGGGAGUCAAGGCCAUCGUGAAGAGGACAGGCAAGCAGACGGCCCAGGCUAUUCUGGAAGACUACAAGGUACAGGAGCAACCAGAGAAAGCUAUUCAGAAGAGCACCAAGGACCAGAGGGACCAAAAGUAAAACAGAAGAUUUGGAAAGCAUCUCAUUUUCAGGCGUCCUAUUUGCAGGGCACAAACUAAAGGAACUGUUGACAAAUACAGGUGUUCACCACACGGUUUCUCAGCACCAUGACGGCACCUGGAAAAUGUAUCUGAAAGUUUGUAUCUGUGUCGGAUGUUAGAAUAUGCCUUUUCUCAGAACAUCUCAAUAAUUCACUAUUUAUUCUAGGGCAAGAAUAUGAUCGAAGACUGGACUGACUGUGCUUUCCAUCUGUCUUUGUUCUUAGUUCUGAAUUCUAGGUCUAAAUUCAAGGAGAUGAAACCUGUUGUCAUUUAACUUCCUCACAUUUUCAUAGUAGAGUUUUCCUCAGAGAACUUCACAUUUCAGGGUGUCACAGUGUUGUCAAAAGUGUUUUUUAAAAAAGCCAAUACUGACACGUCAAAAUGCUAUCUAAAUCUCUCAUGUUUUAAGGGACAGUAAACAAAAAAAUUUCACAUUGUUUGUGUAGAAGCUUUUUACAGUUGGUGCCUUACAGAUGCUCUCCUAAAAUGAUAUGUGCAAAUCAUAGUUUUAUU